AUGGCAGCAGAAUCUCAAGAGAAUUCAUCUAAUGAAGAAUCCUAUGCUGAAGGUAUCAAACUUCUAAAGUCUAUGACUUCUGUCCUCUCCUCUCUUCAGAAGAACGUGGUUUCAAUGGGAUCAAAUGUGAUAAAAGCUUUGAACACCCAGAAAGAAGAGAGAAAGGAAUUUGCUGAGGUUGUCAAAGUUCUUACUGAAUUGGACAAUACUCUGAAGAAAAACACGCACAUCAAUGAUGAUCGUCAUAGAAAGACUAUGGAUGAACUCAGUUUGAUGAAAAACCAGAUGGUGGAAAUUCAAGGAUGUUUAAGAAGAACAGAUGGUGAACGAUUGGAAUUUGCUGACUCUAUUGCAAGAAAGUUUCAAGCAAAAGAGAAUGCGAAAGCUGAUGCUGAAAGAGAUCAACCUCGUAUCACCCAAGGUGAGUCAAGCAGAAGAAGUGACGGUGUAUCAACCGGAACUAGAUCUAGACGAUCGUCGAACAACGAUGAAAAUACAAGGCCAACAAAAAGAGGCGGAGGUCGAAGCGGUGGUGAUCGUGGAGGCCGAAGCAGUGGUGGUGGUCGUGGUGGUAGAACAAGUGGAAGCGGUCAUGGUGGCCGCAGUCUUCCUCCUUUUCUAAAUAUGUGA